AUGCAGUCCUCGCGAUAUCUUCGCCACGGAUCCGGGCGCAACUUCCCCGCGCGCAAACAAAGCAGAAUACGUAAUAUCAGCUCAGACGCCGCUCCAUCCUCCGUCCGAAAGGGCACCUCCGCUGACGCUCCGCCCGAAAGCGAGCCGUGCGACUUUCGAUCCUUCCAGCAGCUUCACCGAAGCAUAUGGCACACCGUCGGCCCCAAGCGAGAGACCCACGGCAUCGAGUCGAAAAGGCGCCUUAAUGCCAUCAGCAACAGCAUCUCGAGCCGCGUCGUGGACGUGCCCCGAGCGCGGCGGGUGAAGCAGCUCGACGACGGAUGCAACGAGUGGGGCUGGAAAAAGGGCUUGCACGAUGUGCGGACGGGGAAUUGGCAUUAUCCGUCAGGAUCGGCCGCGCCGACGUCUUCCCUCAUGGAGUGUCGAACGGCGGAGGAAGCCCGGGCUAUCUGGGAGCAGCAGGACCCCGAGACCGCCAAGAAGACUUGGGCGAAGCUAGCUGAGCUGUACGAUGCUCUGCGCGAUGCGCAAAUCAAUCUGAGCAGUUAUACGUUGAUGCACAUUGCCUCCAAACUCUCCAAAGAUCCGACUCUCAAGAGAAUGGCUCUGGAGGUCAUGGCUCUGGGACUCUCGCGAAUCGAGGAAGAUCCGGGCGCGGACCUCGAGCUUGUGCGGAGGAGAAGUGGUCAUCUCCCCGAUGAGAUCUGGGAUUUCGCCAUCAAAAACGGCAUCACGCCCAACACUAUCCAGCUCACCGCCCUAGUGCAGAGCCUCUGCGCCAUGGGCCAGAUCGAGGCGGCAUGGCAGGCGUUUGACAUGUUCCACCAGCGAGGCAUGUCCGUAGAUCUCAAGUUGUCGUCCACGCUCCUGCAGGGCUCCAAGCUCGCGGGCAGCGUCCCCCACAUCGUUCGGGCCAUCUCGUUGAUCGCCGAGACGCAAAACAUUGACGCGCGGGUCGGAAACAAUAUCCUCCAUCUCGUGCUUUCUCUCGCGCUCUCGGACACGUCGCAGCCCUUCCUCACGUCGUUCCCGUUCAUGCUGCGCAUCUACUCGCGCAUCUUCUCCCCUGAGCCGCUCAACGCCAUCAUCCCGGAGAAGCUGCGCGAGGUGGUGAGGUACGACGACGAGCUCGAGGACAUGAUACUGCACCCCGAGUUCACGUCGAGCCUGGAUCUGCUGUUCCCACCCGAGGGCGUGACGUCGCUGGAGCCCACGCCGCCCCGCGCUCAACGCCUUUACGGGCACUACCGCAACAUGCUCCAGGACCGCCACCCGGUGGCGGCGGAGAUUGUCAAGACGCGAAACUCGGUGAUUCACGACAUGAUUAUCAAGGCCAUGUCCAGCUCGCCCGCGCACCUACGCGCGGCACUCGAGGUUAUAUCGGACAUGAUUCGUGACUCGGCGGCUCAUGAUGCCGAGGGCAACGCCAUCCCCUCCCCGCGCCCUGCUACCCCUUCAACCACUUCAUCCAACGACGCCAAUGGCAACGCCACAUCGCCAGACCUGGCACAGCCCGUGCACCCACGCCCCAGCACAUGGACGUGGAACAUUUUGCUAGACGCGUGGAUGCGCCACUACCGGCAGGACAACGUGGGGCGGAUCGUCAGCCUGAUGCGGCGGCACGGGGUAGAGCCUUCACUUGUAACCUGGAACACGAUCCUGUCGCGGGCAGCGCAGGCACGCAACACCAGGCUGGCGGUGCGGUCGGCGCAAAAGAUUCGCGAAGCCGGGUUCGAGCCCAACGAGUGGACGGUGAGGGCGUUUUCGCGGCUCGUGGAAAAGGAAAUGUUCCUGAGCGAAAUGGGCGAAGGCUCCGGAAGCGGCAAGGGCGGUCGUGGAAGGGCCCAAGGUCGUGGUCGGGGCCAGGAGGGAGAGGAUCGCGACGACGAGUUUGAUGGACGGGGCUUGGAGCUGGAGAAGGGGUUCGAGAAUCUUGGGAGUAUACCGUGA